CGUUUCCGCCCGUCGCGGCUGAGUCACUGUGCCGCGCCGCCGUCCGCCGCAGCAGCCCCGUGCCGGGCCGAGCCGAAUCGAGCCGGGCCCAGCCGAGCCGCUCCCCCCGCCAUGCCGCUGGAGAACCUGGAGGAGGAGGGGCUGCCCAAGAACCCCGACCUCCGCAUCGCCCAGCUGCGCUUCCUCCUCAGCCUCCGGCCCCGCGCGCCCGACCCCGCCGCGCGCGACGAGCUGAUGGCGGCCGUGCGGCUGCACAAUAUGGCUCCAUAUUAUGAAGCUCUCUGCAAGUCUCUGGAGUGGCAGAUAGACACAGACCUGUUAAACAAAAUGAAGAAAGCCAACGAGGAGGAACUGAAACGUCUCGACAACGAGUUGGAAGACGCGGAAAAGAUCUUGGGGGAGAGCGAAAUCCGAGAUGCAAUGAUGGCUAAAGCUGAGUACCUGUGCAGGAUUGGGGACAAGGAGGGAGCUCUGACCGCCUUCCGCAAGACUUACGACAAAACAGUGGCGCUGGGGCACCGCCUGGAUAUUGUGUUCUACCUCCUGAGGAUCGGCCUGUUCUACAUGGACAACGACCUCAUCACACGCAACAUCGAGAAGGCAAAGAGUCUAAUAGAGGAAGGAGGAGACUGGGACAGGAGAAACCGCCUCAAGGUGUACCAGGGCCUCUACUGCGUGGCUAUUCGAGAUUUCAAACAAGCAGCAGAGCUCUUCCUGGAUACAGUGUCAACGUUUACAUCCUAUGAACUUAUGGAUUACAAAACAUUUGUAACUUACACUGUCUAUGUCAGCAUGAUUGCAUUAGAUAGGCCUGACCUUAGGGAGAAGGUUAUUAAGGGAGCAGAGAUUCUGGAAGUGUUACACAGUUUGCCAGCUGUACGACAGUAUCUCUUUUCUCUUUACGAGUGCCGUUACGCAGCCUUCUUCCAGUCGUUAGCUAUUGUAGAGCAAGAGAUGAAAAAAGAUUGGCUGUUUGCACCUCACUACCGCUACUACGUCCGGGAAAUGCGGAUUCACGCCUACAGCCAGCUCCUGGAGUCCUACCGCUCCCUCACCUUGGGCUACAUGGCAGAAGCCUUUGGGGUCAGCGUGGAAUUCAUAGAUCAGGAGCUCUCAAGAUUUAUUGCAGCUGGGCGAUUACACUGCAAAAUAGACAAAGUAAACGAGAUUGUAGAGACUAACAGGCCUGAUAGCAAGAACUGGCAGUAUCAAGAAACCAUCAAGAAAGGAGAUUUGCUGCUAAACAGAGUUCAGAAGCUUUCCAGAGUAAUUAAUAUGUAAUUUUUUUAAUGCAAGGGAAUGCAAGAUUUAGCUGUUUAAAACAUUUUGGAAGUAACCUAUAAAUAUAUUGUAUAACUUGGUAUACUGUAGGUUAAAAAAAACAACUAGAGAGAGGGGUAGUGUUUUUACUUUCCACUUCAUUAUGUAAACAAUGUUCUGUUUUGGUGUAUGGAUCCUAGUUCAUUUAUUAAAUGUAUGAUACAGUUGGUGA